AGUGUCUCGCGCUGUCCACGUCCACAUUUCCGUGUUUGGUUGGUUGUUCUUUCUACUCCUUGCUCGCCAAGCUCACAUCGUUUUUACCUAUACAAACACGCGCACGCAGUCACGCACGAUCCUAUUCAAGAAGAAGACGACGAGGGAAUCCAUCCAUCGAUCGACAUGGGGAAUCGCUUGUGCUGUCAUGACGCCGCCGACGACGAGAAGCCGGCGGCAGCGGCGGUGUCGGGCGGCGGCGGAGGAGGAGGGAGGGAGGAGUACAGGCGGUGGCCGAUCGCGGCGGAGAGCGGCGGCGGGGAGACGGGGAGGGUGCUGGACAUGCCGCGGCUGAGGGUGUUCACGCUGGCGGAGCUCCGGGCGGUGACGCGGGGGUUCAAGCCGGAGAUGGUGCUCGGCGAGGGCGGGUUCGGGACGGUGUACAAGGGGUGGGCCGACGAGCGCACGCUCAACCCGGCCAAGAGCUCCGCCGGCGUCGUCGUCGCCGUCAAGAAGCUCAACCCGGAGAGCGUCCAGGGCCUCCACGAAUGGCAGUCAGAAGUCAACUUCCUGGGUAGACUUGUGCAUCCAAAUCUUGUGAAGUUGCUGGGAUAUUGCAAAGAGGAGAGGGAGCUGCUGCUGGUUUACGAGUUCAUGCCCAAAGGAAGCUUGGAAAACCAUCUCUUCAGGAGAGGAGCAUUUGACCCUCUGUCAUGGAGCCUACGGCUCAAGAUCGCAAUCGGAGCAGCUCGCGGCCUCGCCUUCCUGCACUCGUCUGAGCGGCAGAUCAUAUACAGGGAUUUCAAGGCAUCCAACAUCCUCCUCGACGUGGAUUACACGCCGAAGCUGUCGGACUUCGGGCUCGCCAAGAACGGCCCGGUCGCCGGCAGAUCGCACGUCACGACGAGGAUCAUCGGCACGUACGGCUACGCCGCGCCGGAGUACGUCGCCACCGGCCAUCUGUACGUGAAGAGUGACGUGUACUGCUUCGGCGUGGUGCUGCUUGAGCUGCUCACGGGGCUGAGGGCUCACGACCUGAACCGGCCGAGCCACCAGCAGAAUCUGGUGGAGUGGGCGCGGCCGUACAUCGCCGGCGGCAAGAAGCUGGCGGGGCUGAUGGACCCGCGGCUCGCCGGGGACUACCCGGCCAAGGCGGCGGCGCGGGCCGCCAAGCUCGCCGACAAGUGCCUCUGCGGCGACCCCAAGAGCCGGCCGUCCAUGGACGACGUCGUCGUCGCGCUCCAGGAGAUCGAGUCCGUCGGCACCGCGCGGCCGGCGGCGGCGAAGCUGCCGCCGCGGGCGCCGCCGCCCGCUGCGCACCGGUCGCCGCACCGUAAUCCUUAUUCCAAGCCGCGAUGAGCUUUGGGAUUAUCUGCAUACUAACAUAGAUUUGAAAUUGAAUUGAAUUGAAUUGUAUUGAUUCUUUUUUCUUUCUACGGCGCGUGUCAUCUUUAAACAAUCUCACUUUGCAAAUGAUUAUACUCCUCUGAUCCAUGAGAUUA